CAGGCAGUGGGACUCCUGCCAGGCUGAGAGGGAGUAGCAACAUGAAAAAGUUUGAACUAUGCGAGACAGCUGAAUAUUGCGUCAUGACGGACACUGCUGAAGAAGAUCAGACGUUCUGUAGAUGGCCCACGGCUCCAGACGGCUACAUCCCCAACUCCAUAAUCAGAAGCUGGAGGAAGAAACGAAAACGUUCCAGUGGGGAAGACUUCUGGGAGGAAUUCUUUUCUGUCAAUCUGUACAUUGAUAAAGAUGAACUGAACGAGGAAGAGGAGAGAACUGCUGACAAAGUCUUCUACUCUUAUUUCGAUGUUGAUAAGAUCGAUAUUUCUGAGAUAGGAAGGAAGAAGUCAGUAGGACCCAAGUUGUUAGGCAGGCGGAAAUCAAGCAGAGGAAGAAAAACUGGAAGAAAGGUUUCAAUUAAACAAAAAAUAAUUCAGAAGAAAAAGGAGAGCGGGUAUGAUCUAGGAAGUUUGGCUCUCCAGUCUGAUAUGCAGCAGAGGAAGAGUCUGAAAACUUCUAGAAGAAGUCUGGUGUCUCAGAGGUCAGAUCGAAGAAGAAGUGGCAGACUUUCCAAAGCAGGAAUUGAAGAGGGCCUCCAACUUGGGCUUGGUGAAGGCAUCCAACAUCCAAGCCAAGAAUUCGACACUGUACCUGGAGAGGGACAGCAGCCUUCUGUUGACUAUGGGGAUGUUGACAUCUCAAAGCAAGAUGAUCAAACACAGAUCAGUACCACCGAAACUCCUUUACCGAAGGCUCCUCCUCCAACUCCAGAGGAUCAGAAAUUCAAACGGAAGGUUACCUUCGAAUUGCCUCAAGAACAAUAUCUUCCACAGUCCACUGACAAACAUGACAAGUACCGAUCCAAGCUGGCUCUUACUAAAAAUGCUAUGUCGUUCUUUAGAAAGCAAAAUGAAGCAUUCUCUCCUCAAAUGAAAAGAGCUAAGUUUAGUUCCGGAAUAAGAAGAUUUAGUUAUGGAAGGAGAAAGUCUAGAAGGGGAAGCCCUGCUGCUAGAGAAAGUAUUGAUUUUAAAAGGGGAAAGUCUAGCACUGGAAAGAGACAGACAGGUCUUACAAAGGCACUGGAUUUUUCACUUGCUCAUUUCUCUACAGGAUUACAUAGACAGGCCAAGUAUAACAGAAGAAGAUCUCGAGUUAGUUCUUCAUUGUCCACCAGAUCCCGAAAGCGGUCCAAAGUCCAACCUGAAAGUCCUUCAGAUUUGAAGGAGGAAGGUGAUAGGAAGCUUCCUCCUUCUCUAUCCCUUGGCCCUAUCAGCGACAAUAGGGCCCUUCCUGAGUGGAGGAAGAACCUAUACAAACUGAUUGCUCUCAAGGGUUUCCGUUCUUCACGGGCACAAAAGCGGUUUUCUGUAGAGUAUCCAGAUGAGCCUUCCAUUGCAUCUAAACUCUCAGCAAAAAUCCCCAUCCUCCAACAGGGACAAGCUGAAAAAUCCCAACAGGAGAAGCAGAAGAUUGAAUUGAAAAAGAGGACAAUGCCAACUCGCCAACAACCCACCAAAAAGCAGUUUGCAGCAGAACAUCCACAGGAGUCUCCUAGUGCAUCUGAACCUUCAGUACCCACCCGUGACCUCCAACAGGAGAAGCAGGAGAUUGAAUUGAAAAAGAGCGCAGAGCCAACUCGCCAACAACCCACCAAAGGGCAAUUUGCAGCAGAGCAUCAACAGGAGUCUGCUGGUGCAUCUCAGCCUUCAGCAACCACCCCUAAGCUCCGACAGGGUCAAGCUGAAGAAUCCCAAGAGGAGAAGCAGAAGAUUGAAUUGAAAAAGAGCACAAAGCCAACUCGCCAACAACCCACCAAAGGGCAAUUUGCAGCAGAGCAUCAACAGGAGUCUGCUGGUGCAUCUCAGCCUUCAGCAACCACCCCUAAGCUCCGACAGGGCCAAGCUGAAGAAUCCCAAGAGGAGAAGCAGAAGAUUGAAUUGAAAAAGAGUGCAGAGCCAACUAGCCAACAACCCACCAAAGGGCAAUUUGCAGCAGAGCAUCAACAGGAGUCUGCUGGCGCAUCUCAGCCUUCAGCAACCACCCCUAAGCUCCGACAGGGUCAAGCUGAAGAAUCUCAAGAGGAGAAGCAGAAGAUUGAAUUGAAAAAGAGCACAAAGCCAACUCGCCAACAACACACCAAAGGGCAAUUUGCAGCAGAGCAUCAACAGGAGUCUGCUGGUGCAUCUCAGCCUUCAGCAACCACCCCUGAGCUCCAACAGGGUAAAGAAUCCCAAAGCGUGAAACAGAAGUUCCGAUUGAAAAAGAGCGCAGAGCCAACCCACCGACAACAUGCCAAAGAGCAUCCACAGCAAUCUGCUCGUGCAUCCCAACCCUCAGUAACCACUCCCAAGCACCAAAAGUUCAAACUGGAGAGUGAAUUGCCAGAGAGCACAGAGUCAACCUAUCAACAACCUACUGAAGAACAGCAGUUUGCUGCAGAUUUUCUAGAGGAACCUCCCUGUCCAACAGAAUCUUUAAUAAUCAAACACAUUAUCCCACAGCAUCGACGAAAUUUGACAAAGGUGUUCAAAUUGAUAAAGACAACAGAGCCAACCAAACAACAAACUACCACAGAGCAGUUUGCUGCAGAGCAGCAACAGGCUUUUACCCAAGCAUCCCAACCUUCCACCGCCAUGCUCCAAAUGGGUCAAUCUGAAGCAUCCUUAAGGGAGGGGCAGGAGAUCGAAUUGAAGAAGAGCACAGAGCCAACCGACCAAAGGUCACAUUUAUAUGGAGAAUCCACAGGAGCCUCCCCAUAUGCAGAAGCCACUCCAUACGCAGGACCUUCCCCAUCCACAGAUGAUUCCUCACAUACAGGAGCUCCCCCACACACUGGAGCUGCCCCAUUCAUAGGAGCCCCCUCAUAUACAGGAGCUGCCCCAUAUACAGGAGCUGCCCCUUACACAGGGCCAUUCCCUUCUACAGGAGCUCCCCCAUACCCAGGAACUGCCCCAUAUACAGGAGCUGCCCCAUACGCAGGAACUGCCCCACAUACAGGAGCUGCCCCAUACCCAGGAACUGCCCCAUAUACAGGAACUGCCCCAUAUGCAGGAGCUCCCCCAUACCCAGGAACUGCCCCAUAUACAGGAGCUGCCCCAUACGCAGGAACUGCCCCACAUACAGGAGCUGCCCCAUACCCAGGAACUGCCCCAUAUACAGGAACUGCCCCAUAUGCAGGAGCUCCCCCAUACCCAGAAACUGCCACAUAUACAGGAGCUCCCCCAUACCCAGGAACUGCCCCAUACCCAGGAACUGCCCCACAUACAGGAGCUGCCCCAUACCCAGGAACUACCCCAUAUACAGGAGCUCCCCCAUACCCAGGAACUGCCCCAUAUACAGGAGCUGCCCCAUACCCAGGAACUGCCCCAUAUACAGGAGCUCCCCCAUACCCAGGAACUGCCCCAUAUACAGGAGCUGCCCCAUACCCAAGAACUGCCCCAUAUACAGGAGCUGCCCCAUACCCAAGAACUGCCCCAUAUACAGGAGCUGCCCCAUACCCAAGAACUGCCCCAUAUACAGGAGCUGCCCCAUACCCAGGAACUACACCAUACACAGGAGCUGCCCCUUACACAGGGCCAUUCCCUUAUACAGGAACUCCCCCAUACACUGGAGCUCCUACACAUACAGGAGCUCCCUCAUACACAGAAUAUUUCUCACAUUCAGGAGCUGGUCCAUACACAAGAGGUCCCCCAUACACAGGAGCCUCUUCGUUACAACUCACUGAAGGGCAAUUUGCUGCAAAGUACCCACAGAAGCCUCCCUGUGCAUCCCGACCUGCAAUAACCAUGUCCAUGCUACAACGCAGUACAGCUUACACCUCCCUUAGGGAGCUAAGAGUGGUUAAGGAUCUAAGGGUAGCACAGAAAAGUCAACUGAAAGACAGCAAAGAACCAAUCCACCCAAAGUCAAUUUUCUGGACAGCAUACACAGGAGCCUUCCCAUUCAAACUUCCCAAAAUGCCGUUUGCUGCAGACCAUCCACAGGAGCCUCCCCAUGAGCCUCCCCAUGACAAUUUACGAAAGGAUGGUUUGCUGAAGAGUAUCCCCAGGGGUCUCCCCAUGCCAACCCAUCGAAAAACUGUUUGCGGCACUGAAACAAGAACUUCACCGUGCCAACCCACAGAAGUGCAGUUUGCUGAGGAACAACCACAGGAGCCUACUCAAGCAUCCCAAAAUUCCAAAACAAUGCUGCGCCGGGUUAAAGCUGAACCAUCCCUAAGGGUAGUGCAGGAGGUCCAAUUGAAAAACAGCACAGAGUCAGCCCAAUGUUCCUUCAGCCAAGUGGUCCCUUUGGCUUCUCAACAAAACUUCAUCACCUCAUGUAAAUGCGGGAAGACGCAGUAUGGAAAACUGCAGUUUGACUGGCGGAGGGGUUCAUUAAAGUAAAAACUGAUUUGUUUCAAGAAAACAAAGUAAA